UUUCAUUUCAAAGUGCCUCUAAUUAGUGUUAGUGAUCCUGUGAUGGUCAUUUAAUUGUCGACAAUGAAAUAAAAGAUUUUUUUAUUUCAUAUUUCUUUUUGAUUGGUAUUUUAACAUAACUUGUAAUAGAGCUUAUCAAGUUUCGCGGCUUUAUAAAAAAAAAGAAAAAAAUGUCAGAAAUAUUUCGAAAUGAGUUAGUUAACUAAAGAGUGUUGAGUGAUGGGACGUGAUCAUCAGAAAAAGAAACAACCUCCCAACUCAUCUGGCAGGCAGUCUGGAGCAGGAGCGAGUAACAGCAGGUCUGCAAAACCAGACAAAAACAAAACUUCAAGUUCAGAUGUGCAAGCAGAUGGAAGCUUCCACAGAUCCAACUUCUACGCCUUCUCUCAGCCGGUCAUACAAACGUUCAACCUGAUCAGAUUCAUAGCAUUUUACAUCUGGCUCAUUCUCUUCACCGUCUGCAGAUUUAGCAUGUACGCGUGGCCCUCGUCCAGAAGAAGGCAGAUCACCCAAGAAGUACAAGUUGCUACUGCUGCUGCUGCCGAGUGUUCUUCAGUUAAUUCGCAGAAAGACACCAGGAUGCCUCUGCGAAUAAAUUGCUCUCAAUUCAUGGAAAGACCUGCCAGUAGGCGUGAGACGUCGAGAGAGUCUCCCAGAGUUUAUUCACCCACCUUGUACUCAUUUCCUCCUCCCGAACCUGUCAUCAGCAGGCAGAAGCAUCAUCACAGGAAGGCCUUCGAAUUCAUCUCCAGAGCCCUCAAGUUGGACAACGAAGAUCGAGUUGGCCACAAAGACCUGGCAGUAGAGCUUUAUUUGAAGGGCAUUGAAGAGUUGAACAAAGGAAUCGCAAUCAAUAUUUGCGGUCAAGGCGAGCAGUGGGACAAAGCGAGAAGGCUGCAAGAGAAGAUGCAAACUAACCUGCUACUGGCCAGAGACCGAUUAGAUGUUCUAGCCAUGUCGCACAGCGCCCGCCACGACCGCAGAUACGAUCCCAUGAUCCAUCGCUACAACACCCUUCCAUCUAGAAUGAACCAAUCAACGUCUGCAUCCUCUUCAUCCUCCUCCUCAUCCUACCAUAGAUCGGCCACCACCUCAGGGCCCUACCACCACGGGUCACCGAGGAGGAGCCCUAAACCUGCCCCCCGAAAACACGCUCAAGUUAUGCUGAAUGGAGGUUCUUAUAGCAAUAAAGAUCAGACCAACCGGCAACAGAAGCAAGUUCAAUGUCGGAAUGUUGACAAGAACCUUGCAAACAUCAUUAUGAACGAGAUCAUCGACCACGGGCCUAUUGUCAAGUUUCAAGAUAUCGCCGGCCAAGAAACCGCAAAACAAGCACUCCAAGAAAUUGUCAUACUUCCUGCUCUGAGGCCAGAGUUGUUUGUAGGUUUGAGAUCUCCAGCUCGAGGCCUUCUGCUGUUUGGACCGCCAGGGAAUGGAAAGACCAUGCUGGCGAAAGCCGUUGCGUAUGAAUCGAGUGCGACUUUUUUCUGUAUCAGUGCUUCGAGUCUGACCUCAAAAUAUGUAGGGGAGGGGGAGAAAUUAGUGAGGGCCCUCUUCUCUGUGGCCCGCGAGAUGCAACCCGCGGUCAUAUUCAUCGACGAGAUAGACUCAUUAUUGUCGGAAAGGCGGGAAGGCGAGCACGAAGCAAGUAGAAGAUUGAAAACUGAAUUUCUGCUGGAGUUUGAUGGGGUGCACAGUAGCAGUAAAGAUAACGUGCUAGUGAUGGGCGCCACUAAUCGACCUCAAGAACUCGACGAUGCUGUUCUGAGGCGAUUUGCAAAGCGUAUUUACGUGACGAUGCCCAGCAAAGCAACCAGGGUUAACGUUCUUACGAAACUUCUCUCCAAACACAACAAUCCACUGACCGCUGACGAAGUUGAUGAGUUGGCUAGUUUCACAGAGGGCUACUCCGGAAGUGAUCUAACCUCAUUGGCUAAAGACGCCGCUCUUGGACCAAUCAGAGGCUAG